AACGCGCAGUAUAUAACCCGUGAGCUGACAUUUGCGCGGCUGUAUUUGAACAUUUCUUAAGCGAUCUUUCUUUUAUUUAUCUUUCACAGAUUGCGAUAAUAUCACAUAAUUUAUUAAUGCGAAUGCAAUUACAGUGCAACAUGAAAAUUAUUAUGAAUUGCUUAUUAUUUGGCGCUGAUAUAGCAUUCUGCAAACGCUAGCGUGGGAAAAAAAUUGUUGCCGAGUCAAUCUCUAUUUUUAUGACGAUGAAAAAUUAAUCGAAGCCGAAAAACCGUGCAUGUUUCAUUGUGUUUCAACCGUGCACGCCAAAUCCUGCGCAGGUAAAAUGUUUUGACUUUCGAGAGCUUAGUUACCACGAUAGCAACCGAACAGUAAACAUGGCAGAUUCUUUGGAAAAGUACGGACUUCACUUGGACGAUUUGUCGAAAAUUCGCGUACUCGAUCCGGAAGUCGCUCAUCAGACGGAUAAACUGCGAGAAGAAUGCCAAAAUUUUGUUGCGAAGAUUGGCGAUUUUCACAAAGCCGCCGAAGAAUUUAUCAAAAUCAUGCAUCAUCUGGCGGAACAAGUUGAAAGGGAGAAGAUGCGGGCGAUUGGCCUUCGCAAUCUAAUGCACACCAUGUCCAAAGAAUCAGACGCGGAAAAACAGCGGUUAGAGGCAAUGUUGCUGGAGAAAAAUAUGCAGCUGGAUAGGUUGCGCAUCGAAUACGAGUCAUUGAAGAAAAUCGAACAAGAGCAAUUGGAAACUAUCGAGCAUUUGACGUCCACUUAAACUGAAUCCAUCAGUUUUUCAAUAAAAAAAAGUACCACUUUUAUUUCGUUUCAUGGCUACGUUAUUUCAUACUUAGAGAAUAUGAACGAUUGUCUUAUACCUGUUCAAUAAUCAAUAGUUCGCUGUACCAAUGAUUGCCAAGUUAAAAUAAAGCAGCACACAUAGAAUAAUGAUUA